UUGGUUUGCCAACCACCUCAAAAGUUAAUAGAAGAAGAAGGAAAACGAAUUGGUGUUAAAUUUUGGGUUAAACUGUAGUAUGUGAGUUGUCCACAUGUUGCUGGUGUCUUCGACUUAGCCAGUGUAGUUGUGAAGCCGACUGAGCCGUCGUUAGUCUGCAUUGUCAUGCAGGAGGAGUUGAACACCGUCAGGUCCUGGUUUACCAGCCCUGUGUACAGCCGCUACUGGCAGCACUAUGAGCAAUCCAUGGCCUGGUACCAGAGGCACAGGCGUGCCUACAAAAAGGCCUUGCAGGCCGCUUAUGGCCCUGGCUACCACCCUCAGCAGUAUCCUCGCAGUUGCCAUCGCUACGCCAACUGUCACAGUGGCGCGAGCAAAAGCAAAAAAGGACAGAAUGACAGCGAGAUUGACUGUAACAUCAGCAACAUCGAGAUCAGCGUGGAACUACGGCAGUACUUUGCACAAACGGAGCGACACAAAGAGGAGCGGAAGAAGCAGCAGCAGAUUGAGGCGGAGCAGCACGACAAAUACGUGCCAGCAGACCAGGACCUACACUGUGUCCUCUCGCGAAGCAGCGUGGCUCCGCCCUCUGAGCGGCCCGGUGAGAGACGCGUGGCUGAGAUGAAGAAGCUGUAUGGUAAAGACGCGGCGAAGAUUCAGGCCAUGGAGACUGCAAUGCAAAUGACGUUUGACAGGAACUGUGACCUCAAACAGCCCAAGUACUGGCCUGUCAUUCCACUGAAGCUGUAACAGCUGUGG